ACAGCAGUAAGAGAAUCGCGGAGAUGAUCUGAUCUGCACUGCCUGCUCUGUGGGGGCUUCAGCCAAGAUGCAUUUGGAAGUUCAUUAAAACGGCAAAUAUCUAUACUUGGCUAAACUUUUUGCCCUCUUCUGUUGCCAAAAGCAGAGGCCAACUUACUAACAAGGGCAGUUCAUUAAAUUAUCAUCAUCAUCAUCAUGUGCAGUGAGUGAACACAACUGGUGAAGCCAACGACUUUUUCCACAAUGCUAAGCCCUUCUAUCCCCUCAACAGUACUGAUGAUCCUUACAGACAUGGCAUCUAUAUUUGCCAACAUGCUUGUGCUCCUGUUAUUUGCCUACAAUCCAAAGCUGAAGACUGAAACGUCGGGACUGGCACUAAACCUCUGUGCAUGCGAUCUGGUCUUGGGAUUCACGGUCCUUCCUUUUGGAAUCCAUAACAGUCUGUCCAGGGAGAGACACUACAGCAGAGACGGCGUUCCUUGUCAGUUGAUGGGCUUUCUGUACAUAUUGCUGCAGCUUGGUUCUGUUCAGUCAAUGACUUGGGCCACAGUUGAUAAAUUCACUGAAAUUUGUUUUCCACUUCACUAUGCUCAGCUUUUCACCAAGCGGAAAACUUGCCUGGUACUUUGCUUCUUGUGGGUGUACUGCCUGGGAAAUGCCUGUUUGCCAUUUUUUGGGGUGGGGUCCUAUACAUACAGCCAGAACACAUUCCUCUGUGUCCCAGAUUUUGAACCGUCCUCUAAAAGCUACUGUGUCGUGCUAAUAGCAGUUGGAGUUAUUGUUCCUAUCACAAUUAUGUGUUCUCUCUAUCUUUACAUCAUAUACAUUGCAAGAAAACAAGGCCUACGGGGAACAUUUGAAUGCAAUGACCAGCACUGCUACUACGUGCCUACUAAAAACUACUUUAAAAGCAGCGUGGUUCUGCUCUCCACAGCACUGUGUCUUCUGGUCUGCUGGAUGCCAUACAUUACGAUUAGUUUUUAUAAAACAUUCACAGAACACAGAGUUCCUCCUCUGGCAGAUGCAAUCUCCAUAUGGCUGGUAUUGUUCACUUCGGCGAUAAACCCUUGGGUCAACACAGUGACACAAAAAAAGUACAGAAAAGCAUUAAAGGACAGCUGGAAGAAGCUGAAACAAACCCUCCAACUACCUUUCUUUAGCUCAAGUGCAAGCAGCUCAACUCAAGGUCUGAAACAUUUCUUUAUCAUAUUGUGCUGUUUAACUUUUUAAAUACAUGGCUAGACAAACCUGAAGCAUGAAAUCUUUUAUAUAAUUUUGAUAACUUAUAAGCUAAGCUUAGCUUAUACUG